AUGGGCGAUGAGAAGAGUGAAGACGAAAGUGUCCGCCGUCUAGCGGAGUCGGAAAAGGAGCUGCCGUCUACGACAGAAGCGUUGGAAGACCGUUUCCGUGUGUGGGAAGAAGAGAAGAAAACAUCACCCAGAGAAGAUUCCAGAGCGGCGACAGAACGUCAAGAAGCCGAGAACGGCCGAAGUGUCCCCGACGACAGCCGAGCAGGGUCUGGAGACAUUCGGCAGGAGUCGGAAGCCGGUCGGCCCGACAAGAUGACGCUCCAGCCGGAGGAGAGAGCCUCGUCAAGCCUCUCGGACGACGUCUUCGACCCCCGGCGGCGGUCAAGUUCGACCGGCCCGGUCAUCUUCACGACGCCGCCGAGCCAGGACGACUUGCGGGAGGAACCGCCGGAGGUUUUCUACGACCCCGGGCGGGAGAGGGGCGACAGCAUCCCGACUAACGAGGCCGGCGCCUCGCUGUCCACCCUCGCCGAGAACACGGAGGACCAGAGCGGGACGGCGAACUCUCCGGGCGGGAACGGACAGAACAAGAAGGACGGCGGCGCGACCGGAACGGGAGGACUGGACUUGAACUCUGCUGCAGAACCGAAGACAGAUAAAGACAAGAAGAGAAAGUCUCGACUGUGCGUCUUGCUGUGA